AUGCAAGAGUUUUUCGCUGCGAGGCACUUGGUGAGCAACUUGAGUGAAACAGAAUUAAGAAACUUUGUUUCCGAGAACAUUAAGAACGGCAAAUGGCAGCUAGUUUUUCAGUUUCUAGCAGGACUUAUGGAGGAUAAAGUUCACCUACCAAUUGAAAUUAUCACGGACCUUCUUCCUGUAAAAACCGAAGAAAGAGAAAGCGCAGACUACAACGAACAGUGGACUGAGAAUGAAGAGCAAAGGAAAGUAACCUGCUGGCCAACUGAAGACGAACGAGAAUUAGCAGUAACAUUAAUUAAAUGUUUAAACGAAAAUAGUAGAAUGAAGUCAGAAGCACAGAGAAAACUUCAACAAAUGAACUUUAAUUGUGUAAAUUUUGUUCGUUGUCACCUCACAGCUGUUGAUUGCUCUUCGUUAGUAAAUGUAAUUAAUGUUCAACAAAUUUCACAUUUAGAUUUGAGUUUCAAUGACAUUGGUCCAUUAGGUUGUUUUGAGAUUGGUAAACUGUUAAAAUGUAGGGAAUCUCAACUGAGCUGGUUAAACCUCGCAAGAAAUCAAUUGACAGCUGAAGCAGCAAAGUAUUUAGCUGAAGCCAUCAACAACAACAACUGUCAGUUACACACGUUAGACCUCACAGACAAUAACAUCUCAAACAUUGGAGCACAGCACUUGGCUGAAGCCAUCAACAACAACAACUGUCAGCUACACACGUUAAACCUCUCAUACAAUAACAUCUCACACAUUGGAGCACAGCACUUGGCUGAAGCCAUCAACAACAACAACUGUCAGCUACGCACGUUAAACCUCUCAGACAAUAACAUCUCAAACAUUGGAGCACAGCACUUGGCUGAAGCCAUCAACAACAACAACUGUCAGCUACACACGUUAAACCUCUCAGACAAUAACAUCUCACACAUUGGAGCACAGCACUUGGCUGACGCCAUCAACAACAACAACUGUCAGCUACACACGUUAUACCUCUCAGACAAUAUCAUCUCGGACAUUGGAGCACAGCACUUGGCUGAAGCCAUCAACAACAACAACUGUCAGCUACACACGUUAAACCUCACAAGAAAUAAAAUCUCACACAUUGGAGCACGGCACUUGGCUGAAGCCAUCAACAACAACAACUGUCAGCUACACACGUUAAACCUCUCAGACAAUAACAUCUCAAACAUUGGAGCACAGCACUUGGCUGAAGCCAUCAACAACAACAACUGUCAGCUACACACGUUAAACCUCUCAGACAAUAACAUCUCACACAUUGGAGCACAGCACUUGGCUGACGCCAUCAACAACAACAACUGUCAGCUACACACGUUAUACCUCUCAGACAAUAUCAUCUCGGACAUUGGAGCACAGCACUUGGCUGAAGCCUUCAACAACAACAACUGUCAGCUACACACGUUAAACCUCGCAAUAAAUACAGCUCUCACUAAAUAA